GUUAAAUAUUCUCUCAUGCUAGCAGGAAGAGAACAAAAACCAAUUCGACUUACACGAGUAAUCUCACCUUCAAGCUUAGACAAAUCGUAAUAAUCUUGAGAGCGAACAAUUGCCAGAUUACUUAAGAAGUUCCUUCUCUGACACCAUCAAAGUGCAAGAACCCCCCAAAGCUUAUAAGGGAAAGAAGAUCUUGCCUUAAUAUGCAUUUGGCAACUCUCUUGAAACCCCAUCCUUCUUCCGCAAUCCCAACACUUUGAUUUGCAGAGAUACCUAUGACAAUCCAUUCAUAAAAGCCAAGGUUAAACCACGUAGCAAAUGGGAAUCCUUGCAUAGCAGCACUCUCAACAACUUUGAAUUUUAUAACGUUUCUGAACAAAAAUUUACCAAUCUCCCAAAUUAAGGAUACAAAAACGUCAAAAUAGUAAAGUAUUACUCCUCAUCCUCCUUUUAGUACUGUAACUAAUAAAGUGCAUUAUGUGUAGACUCCUUAGAUCAAAGGAGAUGAAUAAACCUUUCAACUUGCCUAUCGAACACUACAGAAAACAGGUCUCUUUGGUCGAAAGAAUGGUAAAUAUCGGUUCUAGAUUUUAAUAGAAUUGUUCACAGAUUUCGUAGAAAAGAAUGACAAUCAAAAUGUGUACGGCCAUCUGAAUGAUCGACAACGACCCAAAGGACAUUUGAGGGAUGUUAAGAAUUACAGUUUCACUCCAUAGGAAUUCCAAAUUCACAAAAGAAGAGCCAGUCAUUAUCUGAAUUCCAGUUCCAACAAAGUUUUGCAAAAAUCAGAUUUACCAAUAGUGAAUAAACAUCAAUAGUAAAAAGAUUAACAAGUGGAAAAGUACUUUUCGAGGGAUUAAAUGUAUAGAUUCACACUGAUUCUUAUAGCUAUCUUAAUUCAUUUAACAAUUCUAUCAUUGUAACUUAAAUAGACUAGCAAUUGAAAGGAAAGAAGAGAGAUCGAUAUAGGUAUGUUGUUAUUUAUAUUGAUAAAGUUCUUGUUUAAAGAUUUUGGAUUAUUAGGAAAAUGAAAUUGCUUCGAUUGACAAAUUUGAAUAACAUUUGGAGUUUGAAAAAUUAUAUGGAAAUUGA